UCGAGAGUACCCGGAUGUCGCUCCUUCCCUCUCUCCCUCCCUUCGGAACUCGCGGCAGGGAGAACAAAAUGGCCGCCGAAGUCGACGCACCCGUUGGAUGAGAACAGGAGAAGGGGGUUCAAGAAAUGGCCUUGACUAAUCUGUGUUUCCUUUGUCGCUGUUGCCAACGUUGUCAAAAUUCCCGACAUCGGGCUUUUACUUCCGCAAUCUACUCCUGGUCUUCAGCUAGGCAUAUUAGCCACUACGAAGUUCUGGGGAUCAAACAGGAUGCUACUUCGAAGGAGAUCAAGCAAGCCUUUUUUAAGAAAUCAAAACAGCUCCAUCCUGACAGCAACCCCACUAACCCCGAGCUGCACAGCCAAUUCGUCAAGCUGAACGAAGCCUACAACACCUUGAGCAAAGAGAAAAGCCGCCGGGUUUACGAUGCCCAGCAAACCAUCCAGAAGACCCGAGACCCCUUCGGCGAUCUUCACAUCCAUCGCCAGCCAAGGAACCAGAAGUCCUGGGAGCAUCAAAGCUCCAGCAGGCGUUCGUCUGAAGACCCUUUUAAUUCCGAUCACUUUCAAGAAACCGGAAGAAACCCAGGUUGGGAUCCAUAUUGGGACGAUGCGUAUUGGCAGGAAUUCCACAAAACGCCCCCAGAGUGGUAUGCAAACCACGAGUUCAGGAGGAGGAACCAACGCAACCUGAGGAUCGUGAUGUACUGUUUGCUGAUCAUGUCUGGAAGCCUCUUGGUUCACUUCGUAUCAUACAGACAGGUCGCAAAACUUCACACAAGCUUCAUGGACGAGAAAGACCGCAUCAUCACUCAGGCCCUUAUUAAGGCAAAGGAGCAAGCCAGAGCCAGGCACGAAGACCAUCUACGACAGAAGGGCACCCCAAUUCUGGAGAAAGACGCCACCUCCUCUAAACCACACUCGGAAAUCUUGGACUCCAUAAAGGAUACGGUUCCUCCCGUCACAACUGCCAAGUAAUCCGGUUACAGCCGGCCCUUUUCCAGCCUGCUGGCCGAGACCCUCAGCGUCUCCCCCUUUGGACCCCUUUCUCUUGCUCCCCUAAUUCUUGUCAAUAGAAGCCCUUCGCUACA